AUGUGCAAGCGGCGAGCCAACGCCAAUUUGCCUCUGAUCUGGGGCUGUUCUGCCAAAGGUGUUCAGUGUUCUGGACCAGGACCAGAGGAACUUGCACCAGUAACUGAAGACCACAUAGAGGAAAAAGAACCAGUUCAGGAGAAACUCAUUCCAGUUGUUGCAGAUGAAGCAGCUCCAUCUCCGAAGGAAUCACCUGCUGAAGAAGACAUUCCAGUUAUUGCAAAAGAACCAGAACCAAGUUUCCUCGAAGAUCAGGUCCAUGAUGAAGCUGAUGAAGCACAGGAUCCAGCCCCUCAGGAGCCUUUGGCUGCAGCUCCACAAGAAUCUACAGAGGAGGAACCUGUCCCUGAGGAAGCUGCCUUUGCAGAGGUAUCUCCAGAUGAAACCACUGAAGAAGCUGCCCCAGCUGUUGCUAUAGACAGUGAACAGCAUGACUCGGACCUGGUCAUUCCUUUAGAUGCUUCAGAGGAUGAAGCUUUAGAGGAAAAUACAGAAGAAGAAACUGCUGCUGCUGUAGAGAGUGAACUGCCUGACCCGGUCCUGGUCAUUGCUUUAGAUGCUUCAGAGGAUGAAGCUCCAGAGGCAAAUGCAGAAGAAGAAACUGUUGUUGCUGUAGAGAGUGAACAGCAUGACUCAAUCCUGGUCAUUCCUUUAGAUGCUUCAGAGGAUGAAGCUCCAGAGGCAAAUGCAGAAGAAGAAACUGUUGUUGCUGUAGAGAGUGAACAGCAUGACUCAAUCCUGGUCAUUCCUUUAGAUGCCUCAGAGGAUGAAGCUCCAGAGGCAAAUGCAGAAGAAGAAACUGCUGUUGCUGUAGAGAGUGAACAGCAUGACCCGAUCCUGGUCAUUGCUUUAGAUGUUUCAGAGGGUGAAGCUCCAGAGGCAAAUGCAGAAGAAGAAACUGUUGUUGCUGUAGAGAGUGAACAGCAUGACCCGAUCCUGGUCAUUCCUUUAGAUGCCUCAGAGGAUGAAGCUCCAGAGGCAAAUGCAGAAGAAGAAACUGCUGUUGCUGUAGAGAGUGAACAGCAUGACCCGAUCCUGGUCAUUGCUUUAGAUGUUUCAGAGGAUGAAGCUCCAGAGGAAAAUGCAGAAGAAGAAACUGCUGCUGCUGUAGAGAGUGAACAGCAUGACCCGAUCCUGGUCAUUCCUUUAGAUGCUUCAGAGGAUGAAGCUCCAGAGGAAAAUGCAGAAGAAGAAACUGCUGUUGCUGAGAGCGAUGUAGAAAACACAUCACCAGAACAGCAGGAUCUGGAAGAUCCAGUCCCAGCUGCAUCAAUCCCCAUUAUUCCUGUCGGGGCUUCAGAAAAUGAAGCUUCAAAGGGAAAUGCAGCAGAAGAAGCUGCUCCAAAAGAACUUUUACUUACAUGUACUUGUAAAAUCCCUGGUGGCAGUACUAAGGCAGGACUUGCUGCUCCUCCUCUGACACCAGAAGAAGAGAAAUUUGUUGUACUCGUCCCUGCAGAACUUGAGACAGAGGAGGCAGGUCAAGGGGAAUCUGCUGUUAUUGUUCCUGUAGAACCUGCUGAACCGGAGUCGGAUCAAGAGGAACAAGAGGAAACAAUCUCUAUCAUUUUUGCAGAAACAAAAGAGGAAGCUCCAGAGGAAGAUGCAAGAGAGGAAGAAGUUGCCCCGGUAGUCCUGGAAGAAAAUGCUGAAGUGGAAGAAGAAGAAUCUGUUGCCGUCUUUCCUGUAGAGCUUGAGAACGAAGAGGAAGGUCAAGUGGAACCAGCUGCAGAACAAACGGCACCACAAGAGUCAGCCCCAGACGAUCCUGCUGUCAUUGUUCCUUUGGAUCAUGCUGAAAAGGAAGAACAAGUUAUAGAAGAAUCAAUCCCAAUAGUUUCCCCAGAAGCACCAGAAGAAGAAGAAGCUCCAGAGGAAGCUGUUGGGGUGCCCGUCCUAAUAGUCCCAGAAGAAAAUGCAGAAGAGGACCCUGUUACAAAUGAAGAGCCUCUUCCUGGUGCACCAGAAGAUCAAGAAUCAGUUGUCCUUGACACAGAAGAGGAAGGUCAAGUGGAACAGGCUGCAGGGGAAACCCUGGAAACACCUGCUGUCAUUGUUCUUGUGGAACCCACUUGUGAGGAACCAGCUCCAGAAGACCCAAUCCUCAUCAUCCCCAUGGAAGAUCUAGAAGAGGGUGCUCAAGAAGAAGAAGUUCAAUCAGAUCCUCUCCCAAAGGAAACAGCACUGGAAGAGGACACAGUAGGUGACAGCGAUGCAGAGAUACUUGUCACAUCCGUCAGUGAGACCCCAUCUGAGAAUGACACUAUAGAGGGAGCACAGGAUCCAGGUCAGGAAGUCCCAGUUGCUGCAACAGAGAUCUUAAUUGAAGCCCCAGCUGAACAUCCUGCCCCAGCUGUCCCUGAAGCACGAAUCGUUCCUGCUCCUCAUGGCACCAGCAUGAAGACACGCGGUGGAGAUUUGAAAGCUGCUGCUAUAUUGAUAGAAGAUGAACCUGUAGCUCAGGUGAAAAGGGGGGCAGUGCUCGGUGCAGCAUUCUUCACGCUGCUGUCUCUUUUCAUUAUCGGGAUUGUUGGGAUGUUUGUAUUAAAGAAAUUGCGCUGAAUGCAAGACACUGGAGUAAAGGCUGAAUUGACAAAUGGAAUCGCAGUUUGUUAUGUGGAGCAACUGAAGCACUGAGCUGAACAAGUUUCUCUGCGUUGGAUCUUUGCUUAAGAAAGUUUCCAGUUCCUCCAAGGUUUGGACAGCCAGAAAGACACUAUAAGAAAGGAAACCAGUGGUCGAAAGAGGUAUUAAGAUUUUCUGUUUCAGUUAAAGAAGUAAUACAAAAAUACUCUACUAGUAAAAAUCCUAUUUAUACUUUACUUAAGUAGAAAUAUGACAGUAUCAUCAGCAUAAAAUAGCCUACUUAAAGGUAAUAGUAUUCAUUAGAUAGCAGAAUGGCCCCUGAUGCAUUAAUGUGUAAGCAUAAUUUUCCUGUUGGGUGAGGGGGAGCUAAUUUUACCUACUUUAUAUACUUUUAGGUAGAUUAAAGGCAUCCUGUGGAGUUUUCUUGUAAACAAAACUUUUGUUAUCAUUCAGUGUGUCUCACCAAAAUGCAUUGUGUGUUCCCUGGAGGUCUAAUAUUUUAUGAAUAUUUUCAAUCUUUCAUUGUUUAAAUGCUAGCAGUUAUCUUCAUUACUGCCUUGCUGGUACUUCUCUACUCUUCUCUGCAUCUUAUUACCACUUACUGUUGAAUAGCCAGAAAAUAGCGACAGGAAUGUGCAUCAUGUUGUUUGUGUUCUCGUGCACAAACUCAAUACAAACAAAGCAGGGACCCACUUGUAAAAACAUUGCUCCAUAGCGCUACCAGUGGCCAAAAGCUCCCCAGGUUAACAUUAAUCUAUGUAAAUGCAUCAUAUUUUAUAGGCUGAUCAGAGGUUUUGUAUAUAAAACUGUGACUACAGUACUAAUGUCAAAUAAAUGCAGGGGAGUAAAACAAACAGCACUAUCCUCAAGUAUUUGUAGCAUAAUAGAACAGCCCAGUCGCAAGGAAAAAAGGUUGGCAUUGUACGUUUCUGCAAACCACGGAUACACUGAAUGUCAGCGUUUUUGCAUUCGGUCAGGGCAAAUGACUUAGUAUAUCAAGCGACCGUUAUUGAAAGUUACGUGGAAUAAUAACGAGUAUAACAAGCGAGAAAGUACACUACGGGCAGCUGGGAGGGGUGGUGGACGGGUAAAACAAACACAGGACUUGGAGACCGCCGUUCAUGUCCAAAAGUAAAUGCUGACUUUACGCUAGAAAGUCCGCUAAGGGCGUUGAAAUGGUUGUUACAUUAUGUUGCUACGUUAUUAUUUUAACACAAACCAUGAUGUUUUUUUAACCGUAACCAAGUAGUUCCGUUGUCUAAACCUAACUAAUCGUUUAACAAUGUUAACCGCAUGGCAUUGUGUGUUUCUGCAAGCGUGUUACGAGGCUGAUAUGAAACGUAUUUAUGAAAAGUAUUUUUGGUUCAGAAACAUAGAUGUAACGUAUCCCGUAGUUUGCAGAAACGUACAAUGCCAACAUUUUUUUCUGGCGACUGGGUUGAAUAGAAAUACUCAAGUGAAGUAUAAGUACCUUCUACAUGAUCUUAAAACUGUGUCUUCAGCUAAUGUAAACUGUUGAAUGGCUGUUAUAAGUAGAGUAGUAGCUACUUGGGACAUGAUAACAUGUAGUGUGUAAGCAUUUGUGAAUGUUCUGAUUCAUCUGAAUGAUCAUGUUUUGAUUUUGAAAUUCAUAGAUGAUGAAAACUUUGAUGCACCUAUAACUUUACUUGUUGAGCUUUUUUUUUUUUUUAUAGUGGAUCAUUAAGGAUAAGGUCAGUGUGGGUAUAGUGAUUAUUUUAUUUAUUGUGGUUGUUCAAUCACAUACUGUCUAGCCUUUAAUCACAAAGGUACAAUAUGUACAUUUCGACUGGCCCCAUGGGUCACAAAUACAGUUCAUCACAUGCAUGAAAAAGCACACGUCCUAUAUGUGUCAAGAGCCAUGUAGGCCUAUCACUUUCCGUGUUCUGUCCUGCAGCAUGAGACGGAGAGCUCCCCUAUCAAUCACACUUUGGCAUGCUGCAGUACCAGCUAUAUGUCCACGGCUCAUCCUGCACUGUAAAUAUUUUUAGGAUGGUGAGGGGAACAUGGUGUUCCAAGUGAAAGCUGUGUCCUGUAUUAAAACUGCACCCAAGUACAGUAAACAUGUCCCACUGUAAUUGUUGCACUUGUUGUAAAGAGCCUGUAUGAAAUAAAUAUAGAUUUACAAAACCUGGGA